AUGACUUCCACCACUCUGAUUACUCUCGACUAUACGCUGCGUGAUCUGUACGCUAUCGACAAUGAGGGCGAACCCAUCCCGACCCUAAUCUAUGAUACCCAGCCAACAGAGAACUGUGGAAAGACUUCAUCAGGCAAAUUCACUUAUCACACUUGCUUACAGUCGGGAGAAACCACCACAGACGCGUCGAAAGCGUUGUUUUUCAAGUGCCUUGUGCAACGGCGAGCAUUCUUGUCUGGCAGCAUGCCCGUGAUCAUCCUCAACAUCACUUCCGAGCAGAAACGACCGGAUAAGAGUGUCUACCAGGAUCAGCUUGAUAUGUAUAGGAACUUUGCACAGCUACGACUUGAUCAACAACCCACUGCGAGCUUUGCUGAGAACGCAGACCAUAUUGCUCUACACCAAAAGACUCCUCUCGUUGUGGCACGGCCGACCGACUACGUAUCGCAUCUGCCGUCUGUUGUCGAACCAGAAAUGCACUAUGAGCUUCUUUCGAAGCGUGGGUUAGCACGGUCGGGAUUACCAACACCUCCAUCUCUCGUGAUUGAUCCGCUACUCCUAGUCGACCAUUUAAGGGAUCCCGCUGGGCUCCAACAUGAAAUUGAACGCAUAACAAACCAUCUUGACAUACACCGCAUACCAUUUGUGGUGAAACUCCCUCAGUCUCUAUCCGGACACGGCACUUUCACGGUGCUAUCUGAAGCCGAGCGGAAGCAAGUGAAGGCGGUAUUUGGCGCCAGAAUACGAAAGAUGCUCGAGGGUAUUAAUGCCUCGAACUAUCAUCUACAUCCAUCAUCUGUAGUCCUUCAGGACUAUAUUCAGGGCCCAGAGAUGGCUUUGUCGCUGUUUGUGACACGCAUGGGGCGCCCUAUAUUCAUCAGUUGCUGUAAGCAGCGCUUUGACGAACAAGGUCAUUGGGUCGGUGGCUCCAUUUCAUAUGCACAACAGUCAUCUCUGCACCAGACGUACGCAAAGACCAUAGAGAAGGUGGCUCAGUUCUUACAUAAAAAGGGCUACUACGGCGCUGCAGGCGUGGAUGUCAUUACGGACAGCUUAGGCAAGCAUUAUGUUGUGGACCUCAAUGCUCGCAUCACGGGAACAUAUCAAUUAGGCCUCCUUUCGGAACACUUCGUGCAGCGAGGAUUGGAGACGGCUAAGUUGAUGGCCGGGUAUUUCCCGUAUCCCAGAACAACCUUUGAAAAGGCUUUUUGCCGCGAAAUUCAAGACGGUAGUCUCGUUAUUACUGGCUGGGCGCAUGACGACUCUAUGCAAUUGAGCUAUGGAGCAAUCACUGCCGGAGGAAGGAAGUUCUCGGACACGGACGGGUUACUUGCUCGGGUUCGAGCUCAUACAUUGUCAUUGAGCGCAUAA